GGAGGCGCGGCCGGCGGUCGGCUCCGGGAGUGGGGCGGCGGAGACCCCCCCCACCGCCCAGACCCCCAGCUCUGGCUUAGCGGGAGCUCGGAGGGCAGUGACCAGGGCACUUUCUUCCGCUGCUUGUGCUUGCCUUCCGCUGUGGGCCGAGGGUUGCCCACGGAGCAGAGAUCCCCCCGGAGCGACCCUCCCCGUCAAUUGUCGGAGCGCCGGGCGCGCCGCGGGUGCCCGAGCGCACCGGGAGCCGAGGCCAGGCGGGCCCGGAACCUGCCUGCCCGCCUCGCCUCGCCUCAGCGGGUCCGCCUGCGGAAGGCGCGGGGCGCAGGGCGCGCGCGAUGAAGGCGGUGAGCCCCGUGCGCCCCUCGGGCCGCAAGGCGCCGUCGGGCUGCGGCGGCGGGGAGCUGGCGCUGCGCUGCCUGGCCGAGCACGGCCACAGCCUGGGCGGCUCGGCGGCCGCGGCGGCGGCGGCGGCCGCGGCGCGCUGCAAGGCGGCCGAGGCGGCGGCCGACGAGCCGGCGCUGUGCCUGCAGUGCGAUAUGAACGACUGCUACACCCGGCUGCGGAGGCUCGUGCCCACCAUCCCGCCCAACAAGAAAGUCAGCAAAGUGGAGAUCCUGCAGCACGUUAUCGACUACAUCCUGGACCUGCAGCUGGCGCUGGAGACGCACCCGGCUCUGCUGAGGCAGCCGCCGCCGCCGCCGCCGCCCGCGCCGCCCGCGCCGCCGCUCCACCCGGCCGGAGCCUGUCCGGCCGCGCCGCCGCGGACCCCGCUCACGGCGCUCAACACGGACCCGGCCGGCGCGGUGAACAAGCAGGGCGACAGCAUUCUGUGCCGCUGAGCCGCUCUGUCCAGGUGUGCGGCCGCCUGCGCCCGAGCCAGGCGCCUGCCCAGGGAGGGGGCAGAGCAGAAGUUGGUGCAAAAGCCGCCGAGGAAAGAACGCCU